UCUCUCGGCCCUUUCCUUUUCCCCGACCCCGUACUAACUACGAUUAGGGUUCCAAAUCGCGUUUAAGCGCUGCAAAAUCACUGGCGGGGCGUCGUCCUUGGAGUUGUCCUGCUGCUGGAUGCCACCUAGUGUCCCGUGUCGCCACCAGUGCGUGUCCUCGGAGCCGCGCCGCCGCCAGAGCUCGUCCUCGGGGCCGCCUCACUCCGGCGAUCGACGGAGACGGAUACGGAUACGGCCGGAGCCACCGCAGGCGGCGCUCGUGCGCUGCCUGCCGCCGGCAUCGUAGCAGAUGUCUGGUAGCUCUAACGGUCACUGCCCUGCUAAUGGUGCAAAAGUUCUUCAUAUUAGAGAUAGGAAUAAAGAGAAGGUACAGCUUGACAGAAAUGCAGCUUCUAGGGCCUGUCAGAAGGACAGACAAUAUAUUGAGAAAUUGGAAACAGAACUAAUGAACUGCUAUCAGGAAAUUGACUAUUUGCAGGAUCAGUUAAAUAUACGGAACGUUGAAGCAAACAUCAUGGGUGAGCAUAUUCACAGCCUUGAACUGAAGCUAACUGAACUUGAAAAGUUCCCGGAAAGAGUGAGAGUUAUGGACAAUGAGCUGAUACGAUCUGAUUCUCAGUGCUGGCUUCUGAUGGAAGAAGUCAGAUGUAAAGAAGAGGAGUUGCAAAAGGCAUCCUCACAGAUAGAGAAGCUUGAAAGUACGGUUUUAGAUUCACAAUGCGAAAUUGAGAGCUUGAAACUUGACUUAACUAAUCUUGAGCAGAGACUAUUUGAUGCUGAGAUCUUUGCCCAACAUGCCGCUGAGCACAAAGCUCGGAUCAACAAACUAUUGGGAGAACAUGAGCUCCAGCUGCGCGAAGCACAAAAAACUAUCGAUCAACUUGUACAGGAGAAUAAGCAAUUGAAGGAGUUGUCGCCUGUAAAAGGUCCAAAACAGUCCCCUUCUACAUCUGGGGAGCAACUUGACAAAACAUUGGAGAACGGUGGUCAUGCAGAAUAUGGAAAUGAUAAUUUAAUUCUUGAAAGGAUGGCAAAACAAAAUGAAGAAUCUGAACUUCUAAUUGAGCAGCUCAAGGAAGAGCUUCGAGAACAAAAGUUAAAGGCAAAAGAGGAUGCUGAUGAUCUCACCCAAGAAAUGGCUGAACUAAGAUACCAGAUAACAGGCAUGCUUGACGAAGAAUACAAGCGUCGAUCUUGCAUUGAACAGGCAGCUAUUCAACAUAUUCAGAAGCUGGAGACUCAGGUUUCCAAAGAGAAGACAAAAUUGAGUGGGGCACUUAGGCGAUUGCAGGAAUCACGUGAACUAGCUCACAAACAAGCUAUAGAGAUUAAGAAGUUGAAGGAUGCUUUAGAGAGGUUUAACUCCGCGGUGAACCUGGGGACAGUUUGCAAGUCUUGCUCUUGCGGGUUCUGUGCAAUGUUGAUGGAGUUGUCUAAUUGCUCGAUUGAAGGGCCAUCGGAUUCCAGAUCUACCAAAUCCAACCACAAUGAUGAGGAAUUACAGAACCAAGCGCAAAUAGAGUGGCAUCCUGAUGAAUCUUCAGGUGAUGAUGGUGGGUAGGAAGUUAGAUCGCACAAUGAUAUCAUGUACAUGCAUAAUUGAGUGUGCGAUUGACCAAUUGUUGUAGAUAAUUCUUUGGGUUCGCCAUUGCUGCCUGUAAAUGCAUAUGCAUUUUGUUACCUUAACUGUUCGACUUCCCAUAGUAAGCUUCCAAUGGGAGUUAAGCUACACUGCUGAUGGAGUAAAACAUUCAUCCUACGGACGGCAUGGCUACCGGUUGGGGUUCGUUUUUUACUAGUCGUACAAGCUCUUAGCUUUUUCUUUUUAUUAUGUACAUGCUCUUAGUUUAGAGAGGUAAUGACA